AAUCUUUAAUACGCUACAUCCAUUAACAUCUUCCUGCACUCUUUGAGGAUAAUCCGACAAGACUAACACAACUUGCAAAAAUGUCGGACGGAGAAGAGACCAUUUCCAACCCCCCCGUCGCCGAGGCCGAUGAGGUCGAGGUUUCCGCGGACGCCGGUGCCGGCGGCCAGAUGUCGGUUCUCGAUGCGCUCAAGGGCGUGCUGAAGAUCGCUUUGAUCCACGACGGUCUUGCUCGUGGUCUACGCGAGGCCUCCAAGGCUCUGGACCGUCGCCAGGCCCAUAUGUGCGUCCUCAACGAGAGCUGUGAGGAGGAGGCCUACAAGAAGCUCGUUGUUGCUUUGUGCUCCGAGCACAAGAUCCCCUUGAUCAAGGUCCCUGAUGGAAAGCUCCUUGGCGAGUGGGUUGGUCUUUGCCAGCUUGACCGUGAGGGUAACGCUCGCAAGGUCGUCAACUGCUCUUGCGUCGUCGUCCGUGACUGGGGUGAGGAGUCCCAGGAGCGCUCCAUCCUUCUCAACUACUUCCAGACCGAGCAGUAAACUCUCCCACUCUCGCGUACGUCCAUGGAUAGCCGGGAAUAUCGUUUUUAUUCCUGGUGCGUGUUGAUCUUCGACCAUCUUUUUCUAUAUUUCCGGGAUUUAGCACAUUUGAGGGAUGAUGUGACGAGUGUGAUAAAGGAUUGGGAGGAAUGGUUCGUCGAUCAAUCAAUGUCCAUAGAUGGGAAGUGAAGGGAAGGGAAUUAUAUGCCCGAUGAGAAUAGAAAUGAGAAAAUGAUAGUUCAUGCUUCAUAUCUUGGAUGAAUCCAGUAGUAUCAAUUAAUAUCUGGUAUAAAUAUCUGGUAUAGUAGGAUUGAAGAAACGUGAAUACAUGUAUUCUGAUUCUGCAGUAGGAAGACUUCAAAUGUUAUUCC